AUGGCGCUAAUGCAGGAGUGUAACGCGUUAGUAAGAAACAGUCUACCAAAGAAGCAAAAGGACCCUGGGAGUUUCACAAUUCCUUGUUCGAUCGAAGGAUUGGAUGUAGGUCAUGCAUUGUGCGAUCUAGGAGCCAACAUUAAUCUCAUGCCACUUUUAAUUUUUAAGAAAUUGGGGAUUGGCGAAGCACAACCUACUUCUGUUACUUUUCAGCUCGCUGACAGAACAAUUAAGUACCCAGAAAGGAAGAUAAAAGACAUUCUGGUGAAGGUUGACAAUCUCAUAUUCCCAACAGACUUUAUUAUCUUGGACUAUGAAGCAGAUAAGGAGGUACCAAUUAUCCUUGGACACCCCUUCUUAGCUACUGGGAAAGUUUUAAUUGAUGUGCAUAAAGGCGAAUUAACUAUGCGCAUGAACAAUGAAGAGGUAAACUUUAAUGUGCUCAACGCAUUAAAGUUCCUAGAUAGUGAAUAUUGUCAACUAAACAGUAUUGAGUUUCCUGAAGAAGAGACUCAUGUAUGUGAGGUCUUCGCAUUGGAGGAGAACCUGAAAGAAUCAGAGCUGCCAAGUCUGAGUGAGCAGCGGACAAAACCAAUGCGUCCAUCACUUGAAGAACCACCAGAACUCGAGUUGAAACAGUUACCUGGACACUUGAAAUAUGCAUUCCUUGGAACCACAACACUUUACCUGGAUCAUUUCCCACAAAUCUUACAGAAGCCUAAAUGA